AUGAGCGGACGAGGAAAAGGAGGAAAGGGUCUCGGUAAAGGAGGCGCUAAGCGUCACCGUAAAGUCCUCCGUGACAACAUCCAGGGAAUCACCAAACCCGCCAUCCGCCGUCUGGCUCGCCGCGGGGGGGUGAAGCGUAUCUCCGGUCUGAUCUACGAGGAGACCCGCGGUGUGCUGAAGGUCUUUCUGGAGAACGUGAUCCGUGAUGCCGUCACCUACACCGAGCACGCAAAGAGGAAGACGGUGACCGCCAUGGAUGUGGUGUACGUCACAAAGAGGAGAGCUCAACAAGCUGCUGGGGGGGGUCACCAUCGCUCAGGGCGGCUCGCCAUGGCCAGAACCAAGCAGACCGCUCGUAAGUCCACCGGAGGCAAAGCCCCCAGGAAGCAGCUGGCCACCAAGGCCGCCCGGAAGAGCGCCCCGGCCACCGGCGGAGUGAAGAAGCCUCACCGCUACAGGCCCGGUACCGUGGCUCUGAGGGAGAUCCGCCGCUACCAGAAGUCCACGGAGCUGCUGAUCCGCAAGCUGCCCUUCCAGCGGCUGGUGAGAGAAAUCGCUCAGGACUUCAAGACCGACCUGCGCUUCCAGAGCUCUGCCGUCAUGGCCCUGCAGGAGGCCAGCGAGGCUUACCUGGUGGGGCUGUUCGAGGACACCAACCUUGAGAUAGUCGUCGCCAUGAGCGGACGAGGAAAAGGAGGAAAGGGUCUCGGUAAAGGAGGCGCUAAGCGUCACCGUAAAGUCCUCCGUGACAACAUCCAGGGAAUCACCAAACCCGCCAUCCGCCGUCUGGCUCGCCGCGGCGGGGUGAAGCGUAUCUCCGGUCUGAUCUACGAGGAGACCCGCGGUGUGCUGAAGGUCUUCCUGGAGAACGUGAUCCGUGAUGCCGUCACCUACACCGAGCACGCAAAGAGGAAGACUGUGACCGCCAUGGAUGUGGUGUACGCGCUCAAGAGACAGGGACGCACCCUGUACGGAUUCGGGGGUUAAACCAUCUAACCGUUUCAACCAAACAACGGCCCUUUUCAGGGCCACCAACCUGAUCUGAGAGCAAAUUACCGCUAUUUAUUCACAAACAUUAAAAAUGACCGCAUAAUUCAUGACUCUUGCUUUGAAAUUGCAUGGCUAACGUAAUGGAUAAACAAAAAAGAUAGCAUAACGACAGCUUUGAUACGAACAACACUUGGUCUCUUAUUUAUAAACAGGACUGUCUCAGAAAAUAAGAAUAUUGUGAUAGUUAUUUAUUUUUUGUAAUGCAAUUUAAAA